AUGCUAGACGAAAUCUUUCGGCUGAGAGAGCAAUUCACCUCGCGGCGAUUGUGCACGAGCGCCGAUCUCAUCACUCUAGGCCUGCGCCCUCGAAGCGAUCGCGAAUUCCUUCCCACAAACGAGCCAUGGAUCCUUCGAAAUCUUACCAAGAAACAAUUUGUCCGUGCCGAAGCCGUUGCAUUAAAGCCAGAGUUCAUCCACGGCCCGGAUAUUAAUGUUAUAGGCUUUGGCGAAGUCUUACUCACGCGGAUCUGCUGGUCUUCUGCGCCCGCCGUUGGCAUUGAAGAUCCCACGAAUAUCUGCAGGGGAGUAUGGGCAGGGCACCGCUUCGACAUAACAACGCUCGCUAGGCACCAGAAAGAGACUGGAGAUGAGGACGACUGGGCUGAUGUGAGCGAGGAGAUUGCAGAGGAUAUUGCGACUAUCUGGCGAAGCAACUUUGGCGCUGAUUAG